CAAGUUAAUUGUGCUUACAUCAUGGAAAAAUGUAAACAAAAAAUUCAGAAUUAUCAUUUAUACAUUUAAAGUUAAAUCAUAAAUGUCUGAAUAUACAAUCCAGCUGAUAUAACAGUUAAGACAUUCUGUAAUAAGAAACUUUUUGUUAGUUUAUUAAUCAACAAAAAUGGUUUCCUUUGAAAUUGGAUGCAAUUUUAUAUUCAUUUUAAAGAAAUCAUUUACACUGAAAUAUUUUAAAUCACUUUGCCUUGUUGUCUUCCUGGGUGUUUUUCAAUCAGUCUCAGCUAGAAGUGCAAACAGAUUGUUGGUCAUAUCAUUUGAUGGUUUUAGAUGGGAUUAUAUCCAUAAAGCAAACAACUUGACAAGUUUUCACAGGAUGAUAAAUGAUGGCGGAUGGGCAAUUCAUGGCAUAAAAAAUACAUUUCUGACUAAAACGCUUCCAAAUCAUUUUACAAUUGCAACUGGUCUUUAUGAAGAAUCUCAUGGUGUAGUUGGCAAUGUUAUGUAUGAUCCUGCAUUCAAAGAAACAUUCCAUGGUUGGCUUGACAAAGAUGCCCGUGAUUCAAAAUGGUGGGAUAAUGGUGGAGAACCAAUAUGGGUAACAAAUCAGAGGCAAGAUACUCAACACAGGUCAGGUGUUUUAGCUUGGCCAGGAGGUCUCGCAAUAGUCAAAGGAAUUUUAGCUUACAAAACUGAGUCAGCAUUUGAUGGCUUGACAAUGAAGGAAAGAGCCAAGAAAAUGAUUAAAUGGUUCAAAGAUGAUUAUCCAAUAAAUCUAGGCCUGUAUUAUGAAAAUGAGCCUGAUGAAACAGGCCAUGCAUUUGGUCCUGACUCAAAAGAAGUUCUGAGUAAAAUAUAUCAGCUGGAUAACUUAUUGGGAGAUAUUUUAUAUGACUUGGAAGACAAUAAAUUACUAGAAACUACCAACAUUAUUGUUACCAGUGACCAUGGGAUGACACCCACACCAGUUAAGAAUGAUACCUUAAAGAUCAAUUUAGAUGAUUACAUUAGUUUGAAUUCCUAUAACAUCACAUCAAAGAAUCCUGUGGCUGGAAUAUUUCCUGCAUCUAAAGAGUUGGAAGAUGAGAUUUUCCAAAAUUUAUCAAGAAUUCCUCAUGCUCAUGUUUACCGCAAGAAGGAUAUUCCACCAGAGUACCAUUAUACAAAUAAUCGUAGAAUCCCAGCGAUUAUCCUUGAGCCUGAGGAACAUUACUGGAUAUCAUACAAUGGCUCGGCUGGAGUUAAUGGAGAACAUGGCUACAACAACAGUUUAACCAGUAUGCAUCCUUUCUUCAUUGCCAUGGGUCCGGAUUUCAAGCCGGGAGCAAAAGUUGAUACAUUUGACAAUGUUGACAUAUAUCCACUCAUGUGUAAAUUAUUACAAUUGAAACCGGCACCGAACAAUGGGUCAUUAGAAAUAGUUUCUAAGCUGCUAGUAAAUAGAGACAGUUCAGGGUCAUCAACAUUUGGUGUCUACAUAUUGAUAUUACUGCUGAUAGGUUUAGUUGGUGGUAUAUUUGGGGUCGCCGUGUGUCAGGCCCACAGGGAACAUAGGCGUAGGAGACUGGCGGUCUCUAGCUUCUCGUUACCACACAGCUUUAGAUACUCCAAAUCUGAUAGAAUGCCAUUGAUGACCAACUCUUCAGAUGAUGAUUUUAAUGAUGAAUCUUAGUGUUUUAGCAAUGUUAUCAUAGUUGUUAUAUCAUAGUUGUUAUAUCAGUUUUACCUAGGUUUUCUGACAGGUUUUUGGAUUGGUGAAUGUCAGUGGGCGGGUUAACUUUCAGCUGGGCUGUAGAAUAACUUUUGUGUCCAACUUUUAUUAUAUGAACAUUUUAUUCUCAAGGGUUUAAAUCAAACUUUGACAGAAUUAUUAAAAAUUGUUGUCAAGGGCCAUGAGGCAUAUUUCCAGAUAUUAUGAAUUGAUUGUUGAUAUGUUAUGUAAUUUUUGCAUUAAACCUGGCUUUUUAACUUGUUUUCAAAAUGUAAAUAUGUGUUCACUUUUUAGUCCCCUACAGGUUUAACCGGAGGGGACUUUACCUUUACUCUCCAUCCGUCUGUCCGUCCACAAAACUGGAUCCCGUGAUAACUUAAAAAAUACUAAAAAUAUUUUUAUGAAACUUGAUAUAUGGAUAGAUUUCUGAUUUUUACGCUUUUUCACUAUAACUUCUUUAUAUCUUAAGGUAUUUAUCUAAGUCGACAGAAAAAUGAAUUCAUUUGAAAUAAACAGGGAAGGUUAAAAAAAGGUUAAGCGUAUUUGCUUUGUUUCGAAAGAAAAGGGAAUAUUUGUUUGUUGGCAACAAUACAUGUACUACAUAUUUUACUUUGCAUAAAGGUAAUUUCAGAAGCAAACAAAUUUCCAUAUGAUAUCAGAUGUACACACAAGUUCUGUCACUUAUUUAGAAAUCACUUUAAUUUAUCAGUACUCCAUUUUUCCUGUCUUUCAUAUUUCUGAAUCUAGCUAUUGCUUUAUACAGCUGUUUUUCAAUUUUGAUAGGUUGUCAUACCCAGUAUGAAGUAUUCUUAGAAUUUUGUCAAGGGUCUCGCGAUUCAGAUUCAUGCAGCUAAAGAGGGAUUUUUUUAAUUUUAUUAAUUGGGUAAAAAUGUACACGUAUACACUUGAGGAUGGAAACAAGGCUGAAUUAUGGCCUUAAAAAUUGUGAAAUGAAAGUCCAAUAUGAAUAUGUAUUUGAAGACUGAGGAUGAGGUUUUAUGUCUGGUGCAAUAAUAUAUCUUUGGUGAAAGACCUUAGGUCCUUGGAUCCCUAUUGUUGCUCAGAAUGACUGUGAUUUUUAAUGUUUUUUUUUACACUUUAAAGCAGGUCUCAUUUCAAAAGUGAAAUCUGCCCAUGUAUAAUAGAGCAUUAUGCAUGAAGAUAUAUGGAUUUUCUUAUCAAACUUAUUUUUAAUGACCUCUUCAAAAACUAAAGUUAUUAAUCUUCUUAAAGUCCCACCUUUGGUCAAAUAAAUGCUAUUAACAGUACAAUAUUUUUUAAAUUUGCUUGAUCACUGGAAGAAAGUUUUCAGAAAAUAUAUUGCUGAUAAAAUAAUGAUUGUAUUUUUUAUGCCUUCAUCAUUGUACUUUGUAAUUUAUGUUGAGAUCAUAAUAGCAAAUAUAUUCAUGUACAAUGCAUGCAGAGCUUUUGUACAAUAAUUGCUUUAUAAGAAUACAUGUACAUGUAUAUUCCUGACAUAAUUUGUCUCUCUGCCUUCUCACAUAAAUUAUUUGCAGACCAAGAUGUUUUGUGUAUAUUCAGAUAUAGAUAAAAAUAUAAAGAAAUCAUAUUCCACUUUUUGUAUGCAUGUGCUUUAAUCCCUAUUUUUCCAGAUUUGUACAACUCACCAUUCCAAUGCAAAUAGUACAUACAUUUGUCUGAAACAAGUGAAAAGAUUUUGUAUAAGCCAGGCUGACUCAAUUUGAUGUUAUAAGUGAGCGGCGUCAUGACAAAACCAACAUAGUGUGUUUG